GUUAUAGGUAUCAUUAAAAAUAAAUUAAUAGCCAGUGUUUUUUAUAAAAGCCACUCAUUUCCCAAACUCCAAACACUUGUACCUUCUGUUUGAUUUUGUCACUUAGCAGUGGUCUUAGCCUGAGACAAAACUUUGUGGAAUCAUGAAGACAAUGUUAGCCAUACUUCUACUUCUGCCAGCGGCUACAGUAAUGGCAGCAUCAGAAGGAGUCAAAUUAGGUGGCUGCAAAGGAACUCGAUGGGGAUGCUGUCCUGACGGAGUUAAAGUAGCGAAAGGUGCCAACUUUGCAGGCUGCGUGUCUCCACCCGGGGGAUGUAAAGGCACACGAUGGGGGUGCUGUUCCGACGGCAUCUCUUCCGCUAGCGGACCUAACGAAGCCGGCUGCCCAGUAAAUAUGGUAGGAGGCUGCAAAGGUACAAGGUACGGCUGUUGCUCAGACGGUGCCACCUCCGCCUCUGGUCCUAACAAUGAGGGCUGCCCAACUUUGAUUGUAGGAGGUUGUCGUGGGACGCAGUAUGGUUGUUGUCCUGACGGUAAAACCAGCGCUAAGGGUCAGAAUAACAAAGGCUGCCCUAAAGUUUAAUCAGAAAUACUGCAGACAACAGAAAUGUCAAUAAAAAUGUUAUGAUUUGUAA